UCGAACCUCGUAUUUUUGUUAUUAUUAAGCACUGACAGUUUUCGUAGUAACAUAAUAACUAAAUUAAUAAUACAGUAUAAAUAUAUAAAGAUAAAAAUCAAUGGGUUUAUUGACAGUAUUAAAAAAAUUGAAACAAAAAGAAAGAGAAAUGCGGAUCCUCAUGCUUGGUCUAGAUAAUGCCGGAAAAACAACUAUUUUAAAGAGAUAUAUUGGUGAGCCUAUAGAUACAAUAUCACCAACACUAGGAUUCAAUAUAAAAACAAUAGAGCAUCGGGAUUAUAAACUAAACAUUUGGGACGUAGGUGGUCAGAAAUCUUUGAGGUCGUACUGGAGAAAUUAUUUCGAGGCAACGGAUGGUAUAAUUUGGGUUGUUGAUAGUGCUGACAAAUUACGGCUCGAGGAUUGUAAAGCAGAAUUGCAUAAAUUACUCCAAGAAGAACGUCUUUUAGGAGCUAGUUUACUAGUUUUAGCCAAUAAACAGGAUCUGCCAGGUGCGUUGUCACUCGACGAGAUUGCCGAGAUACUUGAGUUAAAGAAUGUCAAAAGUCAUCAUUGGAAAAUAUUUAAUACCUCGGCUAUUACUGCUGAGAAUCUACUCACUGCGGUGAAUUGGAUCGUUGAUGACAUUAGUGCGCGAGUUUAUUAUUGUUAAAAUCAAGAUUCAUAAUUUUAUUCACCUGUCAAUAUAUAAAUCAUUAAUU